AUAGGGAAGAGCCGUUGGUGGACCUCUUCUUCAGCCUAACCCUGAGUUUAAUUAGCAGUUUAAUUUCAGAAUCAAGGCAUAAUUAAUGGAUUAAUCAGAUUUGUUCAGUUUAUUUUCUAUUAAAAAUUAUAAGUAUUUUCAAAAUGGUUUAAGUUAAUUAUUACUGUCUACGUUUUUAUAAAGUUUAAAUGCGUGUUUGUUUGUGUGUUUGUUUCUCCCUGAAUGUCUUCUGAAUUCGAGAGCCAUCAGAAUUCAGUAUUGCUAUGGCGAAACCUGCGGUGAGGCGUCACGCACCUGCAAGGGAUCGGAUCAGCCAACUCCCGAUAGAGAUACUCGACCAUAUUAUGGGCCUCUUGCCUGUUCAACAAGCUGCUAAAACUGCAGUUCUGUCCAAGGUUUGGAGAGAUGUGUGGUUCAGUCUCACGCGUUUGUGCUUUGAUCAUGACUUCUUUAGUUACUUCCAUAAAAAAUAUCGGCGGGCUAGCAAAUAUGUCAAGAAAUCUUCAUGUUUGUAUGUAAUCAACAAAGUUCUGUUGCAGCACAAGGGGCGUAUCCGGAAAUUUGUCUUUCUGUAUGGUAAUGCCGGGAAACUUACCGUUAGGUCUCGGUCAUUUGACAUGGAUCAAUGGACUUCUGCAUUUAUAUGCUUGCUUAACAAAUGCCCAAAGCUAUGCAAUCUUGAAAUAAGUUUCACACCUGAGUGGGGAGAGGAUAUCAACAAGUGUGUAGAUGCUGAAUCGAAGCGUUUGAAAAAUCUUCGUAGAGUGCUACAAACACACAAAAUGCUUCUAAUUUUGCAGCUUAGCUCGUUCUCUGGACUGAGGCCCCAAAUGCAUUUCAUUCAAGAGAUGCUUGCCUGUCUUCCCGCACUUGAAAAGGUUAUCAUCAGUCGUUCUUAUGGGUUUGAUUGGAGCAAGAAACAUGAAACUUUGGAAGAAAUAUCGCAUUUUCCACGUGCAUCUGCGAAAGCUAAACUCGUCUUCCCAAGUUGAAUCUACCUCUACUAAUUCACUUUUGUUGGUGUGGUUGUAGUACUUACAGAUAUGCGAAAUGGUUUGACUAACAUAUAAUCUAUUAAAUUUAUUUGAUUAUA